AGACUGCACGUCUUCAUAUAGAUGUAUAAAUUACAGAUCUCAGGAACACGAGGGCUCCGUUCGCGAUUCUAACCGCAAACAACGCGCGUUAAACAGGCAUUAGGGCAAAUAUAUGCGUUUAUUAAUGUGAACCACGGGAAUAUUGAUGAAAUAAAUACAUCGGUGCUCAAACAAGAGAAGAGAUAGCUUUGUUUUUCUCUGUUCUGCGUUACUACAUCUAUGCAGAUCGGAGCGGGACCAGACCCCCUCCUCCCUCCCUCACUCAGCUGGUCAGUUGGCGGAGGCAAUGUCAAACUGAACACAAACAUUUGGGGACGACCACCUCAUCUUUGGACCUUUGCCGCCAAAUCCUGAAUAUGGACUCUAGGAGAAGAUAGUGGGACGCUGGCUCGUUGACUCGACAGUGGACACUGAUUUCUGUGGCUAAGCAGCAGCUCGUGCGCUCUGUACAGUAGAGAGUCUCACUCGCUUCACUGUUAUUGACAGUUAAGGGGCUAUGCUAGUAUGCUAAUCACAGGUUAGCCCUCUGAGCGUUGGGGAUAAACAGUGGACGUCUCGAGUCAUUUCACCUUCACUUGGCUUUGGCUUUGAAUUCAAAAUGAAAUUCGCGCACAUUUUGUUGAAGAACACUUUUAACAUACCGAAACAAGUGGACAGGUUUUCUAAGUUUUCUCCGUCGCCGCUUUCAAUGAAGCAGUUUAUAGAUUUUGGUUCUGCCAAUGCCUGUGAGAAGACCUCCUUUACAUUUCUCCGUCAGGAGCUUCCCGUCAGGUUGGCCAACAUCAUGAAAGAGAUAGACUUCCUCCCUGACAAGCUCAUCAGCACCCCAUCCGUACAGUUACUGCACAGCUGGUAUGCACAGAGUCUGAUGGAGAUUGUGGACUUUCUGGAAAAAGAUCCUGAUGAUAAAAAGGUUUUGAACAUGUUCACAGAGACUCUGAUUAACGUGAGGAACAGGCACAAUAAUGUGGUACCCACAAUGGCUCAGGGGGUGGUGGAGUACAAGGAGACUUUUGGUGUGGAUCCAGUAACCAACCAGAACGUGCAGUACUUCCUGGACCGCUUCUACACAAGCCGCAUCUCGACCCGCAUGCUCAUCAACCAGCAUACACUGAUCUUCAGUGGCAGCACUAACCCAGUCCACCCAAAGCAUAUUGGCAGUAUCGACCCAAACUGUGAUGCAGUCGAGGUGGUAAGAGAUGCUUAUGAGAGUGCCAAGAUGCUGUGUGAUCAGUAUUACCUGACCUCGCCAGAAGUGGAGAUCAAACAAGUAAACUCUGUGGAACCCAAUGAACCUAUUAGUAUUGUCUAUGUGCCUUCUCAUCUUUAUCACAUGCUCUUUGAGCUCUUUAAGAAUGCAAUGAGAGCGACUGUAGAAACCCAUGAGAACAGCACUCAUCUUCCACCAAUCAAAGUACGAGUUUCUUUGGGAGGUGAAGACCUGACCAUAAAGAUGUCAGACAGAGGAGGUGGCGUCCCAUUGAGGAAAAUUGAACGUCUGUUUAGUUAUAUGUAUUCCACAGCGCCAAGUCCAGUGAAUGACAAUGCUCGCAAUGCUCCCCUGGCGGGCUUCGGUUAUGGGCUUCCCAUCUCUCGCCUUUACGCCAAGUACUUUCAAGGAGACCUCCAGCUCUACUCUAUGGAGGGAUAUGGAACAUCAGCUGUCAUUUAUUUGAAGGCCUUAUCCUCGGAAUCUGUGGAGAGGCUGCCAGUUUUCAACAGGUCAGCUUUAAGGCAUUACCAAACGAGCACAGAGGCAGACGACUGGUGCAUCCCAAGCAGUGAACCCAAGAAACUGGGAAAGUACGAUUAUAAUGUGCAAGAGGUGAGAACUGAGGGGAAGCUGAACUGAUGGGAUAAAACAGGAUGAUGAAUUCCCAGUUAGAACCAGCGCAUUCACUGCUGUUCAUGCAUUUUCACCAAAUCCCAGUUUGCUGCCUUCAUGAUACAGUGUGAAAAGGGGCAUUUGUGAUUUGAGUGUGUCAAACAUUGCUUUGUCACAUUUUUUUGCAAAAUUGUAAUAAGCUUAUUACUUUCUUUGUGGAAAUCAGCUGUAUCAGUUCAAUGUACUGAACAAAAUGGAAUCUAACCAACAAAGGUUUUCUCCCCAUAUGUGAACGUGUUCAUACGUCAUUAGACAAAAUAAUGACUAAUCAGCUAUAGCAUUUGAAUUGCCAACUCAAUUUAAGUGCUCUUUAGUUGGUUGGGCCAAGCUUUGUAUAUAUGUCUUUAAAAAUAUCCCCUGAUGUUGAAGUCCCCAGUGUACAAGCUAAACUAAAAUAAUAAACAACUGAAGUUAUGCUAAGUAGCAAACAAUAGAUGUAAUGCAACAUUGCAUUACAGACUGUAAGCAGCAAUGACUGUGCAUGCCACUCAUUGAAAAUACCUUAGGAAUAGCAGGGCAUAUACUUUUACAAUGUACUGUAUGGUUCCUUUAUCAAGGAUUGGAACGUAGUACGUAGUAGUUUUAAAAUGUACUGUUCAGCACUCCAUUUUGUCAUGUUUUUAGAAUCUAAAACUGUAAAUGUGGCCAACUAAACUUAACUGUUUAUGUACAGUGUCAUUGUCAUUCGAGAAGGCUGUAUGACUGUGUGUACACAAUCUAAAGACAGAACAACAAGCCAGAGUAACACCUAGUGAGACUGAUGUUGAACUACUUGAUUGAUGCAUGAAUGUGGACAUUGUGUCUGAAUUUGUUUUGAACAGCAAACUGACAAAAGAGGCUUUUGUUCAAUUUCUAGCAUCUGUCUGCUUGGUAUAACCAAGUCACGAUGUAAACAAAUCAGUAGUGUUAAAUAUGUCACCAGCUUUGCUUAAAUAUGUUAGCAUAAAUUAAACUGUUCUUUUUUCAAAAGAACAGUAUGGGGCCCUAAUGUGAACAGUUUUUGUCACUGUUUGCACCGGAAAUGUCCAAGAACAACAGGGCACAACAACUUUGACACAACAGUUUGAUUGUGUCAAAAUUCAAAUGACACAAAAGUUUACAAAAUUCCAUAAAUAUAUAAUUUAAAGUGUUAUAUUAACAGUUAUUGAAUAACUGCUGCAAUGUCAUCUUUCAUUACCAGCACUCCACCUAACAUAUAGGCCUGUAAUUUGUCUAUUACACCUCUUUACCAGGAAUUAACAAUGACAAAAGGACAAAAUUGUUUUUGCUUUUUAUUUUU